CCUCCCGCCGCCCGUCCCUCGUCCGUCAGUGCGCCCGCCGGGCUGGCCGGCCGCGGGAAGGGGCCGCGGCGCGGGCCGAGGGCUCCGGAGUCGGCGGGCGCUGGCCGGGAUCGCGUUAGAGGAAGCGCGGGUGGAGACGAGUUCGGGCUCGGGCGGGAGGCACAGCCCGGGGCAGGCGGCGGGGCCGAGCCGGGUCGGGGAAGCCGUCGGGGGGCCCCGAGGUGCCCCGGGAUGAGGGAGACGGGCGAGCCUCGCAGGCCACGCGGGGGGCUGAGGUGGAGGGGGCAGGGGGCCGCGGCGCGCCCUUCCGCCCAGCCCUGGCCCCGGUUGGCAUCUCCCCUCCCCAGAAGCCGGGGCAGAAAGCCCCUCCACCCUCGUUCGUCCGCUCCGGACCCCCCUCCGCCCAGCCCAAGCCCUCCCUCCCCCCACCAGCCAGCAGCCCCGAACCUGCCACAGUGUCAGCAACAGAUGUCAGUGCCCUCCCCAGACUUCAUCCCAGGACCCCGGAGGGUGCUGAGGGGCUGCAGUUCUCCACCCUGGAAUCUGCCCGGGGCGCACUUCCCUGCUCACCGGCGAGAAGGGUAAGGUCUGAGAUCCCAGAGCAGAAUGGCUGCUUGAACCUUGUGGAGCUGCGAACGGGCCCUUUUACUUUUUAAAAACUACACAUAGGAAAGUGUUACUACAGCAUAAGAGUGUUUUUGCCUGUGGUCUCAGCAGGGGUGACAGAGCUUGUAAACUCCCAGUCAGGGUGCUGGCGUCAGAAAGCAGGCUUGAAGCUUACUGGCAGGGCACAGCCCUCGUGAGUUGCCCUCCCUGCCUUGGUACACCUCUCCUUUCUUCCUGAUUGUAAAACCCACACACGUGCACAUGAAAAGUUCUCCAGAGGAUCCAGAAGGAAAAAAUCACAUGGAAUGUUCCUCAGCUUUUCACUUGUCAUAAGCAUUUCCCAUGUCAUUAAAAAUCCUUCCUCAAUGGUUUUGUUCUUUCCUCCCCUCCCCCCACAUGAUCACAAUACCAUUUGGGGGAGAUUCAGAGACUAGGAAGAACACGGAGUAUAUGGCUGGCCACCCUUGGGCCUCUUUCCCAGUGGCCCUUUUUGGGACCCUCAUACAUCAUUUUGCAUCCCACUCUCCCCUGUACCUCAUGCCAUCUAUGUCAUGUCUGUGCUUCCCUUGAGCAUGUAAUGUUAUCAUGUAUUUUGCAGUCCUAAAUUCUUUGCCAUGUGAUGGGAGGGCAGUUGAUCCUGCCAGGCUUGACUUUUGGGCACUUUUGUUGUGAAUCUUGGUGCCUAAAUCUUUGUCCCAAUUUCAGAUAAAUUCCACAGCAUGCGAACUUCCAGAAUCGUCUUGAUAUACAAGCUGCCACAGUGCUUUCCAGAAAGGUCGUGCCAGCUUUUACUUUCAUCAUCGGAUCAGCACAGAGUACAAGUGUUAAAAAAAAAAAAAAAAGAAAAAAAAAAACCUGCUCGUUUUUAUUUUUAUGACUAACAUUUCAGUUAUAUGUUCACUAUAGGAAGCUUGGAAGAUGCACAAAAUGCUAUUUUCUCCCUGCCCUUUCCACUUUCCCUCUGCUUUUAAAGUCUCUAUCUCUCCCUUGUCCUCCUUACUACCUCCUCCUUCAGCUCUAACUUGGCCAGAAGUAGACAGCAUAGGCAAGUAGAAAAGGCCAGAAAGCUACAGGCAAGGCAGGAGGCCUCUACUGCGCUAUUGCAUAGCAUAUCCAGCUGUUUCCAUUUAAAGGGGAUUUAAACUCCAGUUCCUUAUUUUAAGUGCUCAGGACCCCCAUGUAGCUGAUGCUACCACGUUGGACAGUACAGGUGGAGAGCAUUUCUAACCCCAUAGGAAGUUCUGCUGGGCAGUGCUGGCUACUCCACCAGGGCAGGAAUCCUGUUCCCCUAGAUGCUCUGUAAACCGUGUAUUGAAUGACUAAAUGAAUGAAGGAUGGAAAUGGAUACUAAGCUAAGUAGGGAAAUGAGAUAUGUUCAUGAUGAGAUAAGGGUUGUGAAGACAGCACAGUGAGCUUGAGGAGACAAGGGUGACAUUCUGAACCAGAGCAUGGUGACACCCUGGUGUGGUGACAGCUGAGCUGGGAUGAGCAUCAGAGAGGAGUGUGGGUGGAACAGUAGGUGCAAAGGCCCUGGGGUGACCAGUGUGUUGUCUUCACAAUGUAGCCUGUGAGGGCCAUGUGUAAGAUCAGGUCAGAAUGAGAUGGGGAGGGCUAAGGUCAAUUCCUUGGGAACUGGAGGUCAGGGCAAGGAGGUGGGGAGCCAAGGGGAGUCCUGAGCAAGGUGAUGGCUACCAUCUGAUGUGGCCACUUUGCGCCUGCCCCUCUCUGCAGGCCCUGACUGCUGACUGCAUCUGCCUGCCGCCACCUGGGUUUGUCUGGAGCCGCUGGGACUGUCCUGGGAUCCAGUUCGCUUGCCCCCUGAGGCCGGAGAGAUGCUCCCGCUGGCCAGAGCCCUCGCCUCCCCCAGGAGUCCCCAGACCCCAGCCCUGAGGGAGCAGGACAGGACCCCUCAGCUGGCCGGCCCUGGGGAUACUGAGGCCUGGCGCCUGCGUUUCCGACAGUUCCAGUACCGCGUGGCAGGAGGGCCACACCGCGCGCUGGGCCAGCUCUGGAUGCUGUGCCGCCAGUGGCUGCGGCCCGAGGCGCACUCCAAGGAGCAGAUGCUGGAGCUGCUGGUGCUGGAGCAGUUCCUGGGUGCGCUGCCCAGCAAGAUGAGGACCUGGGUGCAGUCGCAGGGCCCUCGCACCUGCAGGGAGGCCGCUAGCCUGGUGGAGGACCUCACACAGAUGUCGCAGCAGGAAGUUCUGGUAUCUCUCACCGACCACCAGGACGGGAGCAUCAGCGAGGAGGAAGACGGGAAGAACCAGAAAGACCCAUGCCAGGCAUCGGAGCUGGGGCUCCCCCAGGAGGGCGAGUGGCUGCAGCCUGCCCAGCCCCAGCGGAGUCCCCACACCAGGGCGGGGGCCGAGGCAUCCUGCACCCUGGGCUCACUCGGGCUUCAGCCUCCCAGCAUGAAGGCAGACAGACUGAGGAUGCUGCAGCAUGGGGUCCCUUCAGCAGCCUGCCCAGGCCUGGGCUGCUUGCCUGUGAAGCCUAGUGUCUGGGAUGAGCCUCCCUGUGGGCAGGUCCGGGACAGAGCCCUCGAAAACAGGCACUGUCUCCCCAGGCUGGCCCAGGACACUCCCCAGGCCGAAGGGAGUGCCUGGCAGGCAGGAGCUGCCCCCAGGGACACUGUGCUUCAGGGCACUGCGGGCCAAGGGCCUGCUCCAGAGAAGCCCCUGCACCCGCGUCCUCAGCCCAGCCUGGUUGCAGACCUCACCCUCCCAAGUGCUCAGAGCAGUAGUCCCCAAAAGGGACUUGGGGACCGUGAUGCCAGCAGCACCCACCUGCCCUUACUCAAAGACACCAAAGCCUCCCCCGAAGAGUCAGGGCGACCGGCUGUUGCCCCCUCCUCCGGGAGCUCAGCAGCGCCGCCAGUCCCCCCAGGGACGCGGCCCUUCGCGUGCGCCGAAUGCGGGGAGGUCUUCACCUGGGUCACCCACUUCAUGGAGCACCAAAAGCGCCACCUGGAAGAGGGGCCCUUCUCGUGUCCCGAGUGUGGCAAAACCUUCCUGCACGCCUCUGUCCUGGGGGAGCAUCGGAAGAUCCACCUGCUGGAGCCGCUACCCAAGAGGCCCCGCCGGAGCGGGGGCGAGGAGCCAGGAGAGGCCGACCCCCAGGAAGCGGCAGGGCAGGCCCAGGACUCGGAUGGAGGCCGGCGCGGUGAGCCCUCCGGCCGCGGGGAGCCCUCGGGUCUCGGGGAGCCCUCCGGCCGCGGGGAGCCCUCCGGUCUCGAGGAGCCCUCCGGUCUCGGGGAGCCCUCCGCCCGCGGGGAGCCUUCCGGCCGCCGGGAGCCUUCGGGCCGCCGCGAGACCUCAGGCCGCCGCGAGCCCUCGGGCCGCCGCGAGCCCUCCGGUCGGGAGCGGCCCUUCGAGUGCGGCGUCUGCGGGAAGGCCUUCCCCUGGAUGGUCCACCUCCUCGACCACCAGAAGCUGCACGCCACGCAGUGAGCGGACGUGCGUCCCGGGUGACAGCGACCCCCCGGCGGGCUCGUCCCGCGGGGCGACCCGGGACCCACCGCGUCCCCCCCCUCCCCGGUGACAGCGACCCUCGGUGGGCUCAUCCUGCGGGGCGACCCGGGACCCGCUUCCCUGCCGCCGUGUCCCCCGGAUGACAGCGACCCUCGCGGACUCGUCCUGCGGGGCGACCCGGGACCCGCCGCGUCUCUGGGUGUCGCCGCGCCUGCCUCUUACCCCGAGUGACAGCGACCUUCGGCGGACUCGUCCUGCGGGGCGACCCGGGAGCCGCCGCCCCGUUCUCCAGGUAACAGCGACCUUCGGCGGACACAUACUGCGGGGCGACCCCAGAACCGGGCGCGCCUGCCGCUUACCCCGAGUGACAGCAAUCACCGAAGGGCUAGUCCUGCGGAGCGACCCGGGACCCGCCACCCCCGCCGCCGCGUUCCUCGGGUGACAGCGACCCCUAGCGGACUCGUCCUGCAGGCGACUCGGGACACGCCACGUCUCUGGGUGUCGCCGCGCCUGCCGCUUACCCCGAGUGACAGCGACCCACGAAGGGCUCGUCCUGCGGGGCGACCCGGAACCUACCGCGUCUCCCGGGUGUCUCCGCGCCUGCCGCUUACCCCGGGUGACAACGAACCUCUGCGAACUCGUCCAGCGGAGUGACCUGGGACCCGCCAUCCCCGCCGCCGCGUCCCCCGGGUGACAGCGACCCCUGGCGGACUCGUCCUGCAGGCAACCCAGGAACCACCGCGUGUCUGGGUGUCGCCGCGCCUGCCCCGUUCCCCGGGUGACAGCGACCCCGGGUGUUCGUCCUGCGGGGUGACCUGGGACCCACCGCGUCUCCCGGGUGUCGCCGCGCCUACCGCUUACCCCGGGUGACAGCGACCCUCUGCGAACUCGUCCAGCGGAGGGACCUGGGACCCGCCAUCCCCCCCGUGACAGCGACCCCUGGCGGACGCGUCCAGCAGGCAACCCAGGACCCGCCGCGUCUCUGGGUGUCGCCGCGCCUGCCCCGUUCCCCAGGUGACAGUGGCCCCCGGGUGUUCGUCCUGCGGGACGACCCGGGACCCACUGCAUCCCCCGGGCGUCCCCGCACCUGCUGCUUAACCCGAGUGACAGCGACCCACGAAGGGCUCGUCCUGUGGGGCGACCCGCGACCCACCGCGUCUCCCAGGUGUCGCCGCGCCUGCCGCUUACCCCGGGUGACAACGACCCUCUGCGAACUAGUCCAGCGGAGCGACCCAGGACCUGCCACCCCCGCCGCCGCAUCCCUCGGGUAACAGCGACCUCCGGUGGACUCGUCCUACAGGUCACCCGGGACCCGCCGCGUCUCUGGGUGUUGCCGCGCCUGCCGCUUACCCCAGGUGACAGUGACCCCCCCCCGGGGGGCUCGUCCUGUGGGACGACAGGACACCCACCUUAUCUCCCGGGUAUCGCCGCGCCUACCGCUUACCUAACCGAAUGACAGCGACCACCGAAGGGCUCGUCUAGCUGAACAACCUGGGACCAGCCACCCCCGCCACCGCGUUCCCCGGGCGACAGCGACCCCUGGCGGACUCAUCCUGCAGGCGACCCGGGACCCGCAGCUUGUCUGGGUGUCGCCACGCCUGCCGCGUUCCUUGGGCGACAGCGACCCCCAGCGCCGCGCUCAGCUGGGCAGUCCGCCGUCUGUGUUCCGCAGGCGACAGAAGAGGAGCUUCGCCAGCGCCAGUUCCAGGAGCUUUUCCGGGGGGCGCCCUUCACCUGCCGGCCCUCCUGCACUCCCGGGAAGGCCACCUCUUGCCCUCACAGACCCUGGGAGCCUGGCACAAACGCAGGGCUCUUCUAUGUGGUCUUUCCCUUUCCUCUUCUUCUUCUUCUUUUUUUUUUUUUUUUUUUUGGUCCCAGCCCACCUUUUCCUUUUUCACUCUUUUUUUAUGAUAAAGUACACACAACUUAAAACGUGCCAUUUUAACUACUCAUAAUGCACAAUUCGAUGGCAUUAAGUACAUGCAUAGGGUCGUGCAACCCAUGUAUUCUGGUACAUUUUCAUCACUCCCAAAAUGGGUUCCCCAUACCCACUAGCAGUCACUUCCCACCUCCACUAGCAGUCACUUCCCACCUCCCCUCUCUCAGCCCUUGACACCUACUAAUCUGCUUGCUUUCUGGAAGAUUUUAGGCAGGAUUUUUAGGACUGACCAAAACUGACCUGCACACGUUUCCGUUUGACUCACAGAAUGACCUUUGUGUUUUUGUUUUUUUUAAAGAUAAAUGCAAACAUUUUUCAAACCAUAGAUGUCACAUAAAAAUCUGGCAUUAUGGUCACCCUGGAUCUCCCCAGAGCAGGUGUUGGAUCACCCAGGUGCCUCAGUUCACCCCACCACUGCUGGGGAUGGCCCACGUGCAUCUGGAUUCAGCUUGACAUCCAUCCCUACCCCUUCAUCGCUGGGCACCACUUGCCCCCAUGCCAACAAAAGCCUUACAAGUGUCUUUUUUUUUUUUUUUUUUGGAACUUGGAUAGUGUUGGAUUGACUCUGACCCCACAUAAGCAGAGACCUUCUCCUUUUAAUCAUCCAUAAGUCGCCUUUCAACUGGAAAACUCUUCUGGACCUGCCCCGCCCAGCCCACUGCUGCUUCUCGACCAAGCUGCCUCCUUCCUGCACCCAUCCGUAGCCUGUGUCCCCUGGCACCUUCCCGGGCCAUGCAGGUCCCUCUGCUGCCUUCGCGCUAUUUGCUGCACUUGCCUUCUUGGAGCUCUCUCUAGCUGGGCCUCCGGACCUUGUUCUUGCCUCGCUACAGCAUCCUGGCUUAUCCUCACUGAGGGCUUCCGGCUCUACUCCAUGCCUUAAUUUCUUGUGAGCUUCAGCUCCCUUCCCAAGCACCUUCUUUCUCAUCCUGCUGAGGCGGAGUUUCUUCUUCGAAGCUCAGGUGGCAAGGUGGGGGAGAGGGUCUUGACCCCACAGUCAGCCUGAGUCUUCAGGUACAGCACACACGAUGGACAGGAUUAUCCAGUGUCCCCACUGGUUGGUGACCAGGAGUUUAUUCCAAUGCAGUUUCCAUUCCGAUCCCCCUAAAUCAGAGGCAUGUUCAUAGCUCUCUGGGAUGGAGCAGGAUUGCAGGAGAGAGUGGGGGCUGCUGCCAGCAAGGCAUCAGUCAGACCCCUAACUGCCAUGCCCCCCCCCCACCAGCCAUCCUUGCGUGAAUUCUCCGAAGAUGUCUGCCUCGGCAUCCCACGGACCAACUGCCCUCCAGUGACAUCUGCCUGGUGUCCCUCAGUCCUCCACCUGAGCUUGUCCAAAGAACCCUAGUGCGAAAGAAAACCAACAGCCUCCCCUAUGCCGUCUCUCCACCCUCCAAGGCCCCAGGCUUGCCCUGUUCCAGUUUCUCCUCUGCACUGAACUGUGCCCGCCUCCCUCUCUCUCUUCUAUCGUCUUUUCUCCAUCUUUGGAUGACUGCAGCUGUGUCUAGGCGAACUCUGCCUCCAGUCCACUCCCCUCCAUCCCAUCCAAUACCCACAGCCAGCAAGAUCCUUCUGAAACAGACAGGCUGAGAUGACAUGAAGCCCAGCAGACCAGUUCCCUCGAAUCUCUUCCCACGUCAGUAGCUCUUGGCACUGGGGUGGUGGAGGCUGGCCUCCUGUGCCCACUCAGUUCCUGCUUGUCUCCACAAUGACUCCUAUGCUGGGCCUCCUCACCUCCUCGAGGGAUGCCUCCUCUGCUUAGAAAAGUCUUCACUGCAGCAUUUUACCAGCACCUGGCCCAGAGCAGCCCUUCGUGAGUGAGAAUGGGUGAAUGGUAACCAAAUGAGUAUGUGAGCUGCAGCCGCUGCCAAGACCCCACCACAGGGCUGCAGUAAUCAGCCAAGGAAACCUUACCUGGACCUCUGAGGAGGGGAGCUGGCAGCACCACGGAAGGCUCCCCUCAACACCCUCUGCCUUGGCUGACAGGGGCAAGGAUGUGGCCCAGGGCCCUGGGCCUGGAGAGUCGCUCCUCCGAAUCCCGAUUCACCAAAGCCGCCAAACUGAAUUAAUUGCCCGGCCUGCCUAGUCCCAAGAUGCUGCUCAAGCUGUAGUGAGAUAGAGCACCGGCCCCUCUCUUCUCUUUCUCCUCACUCCUUGCAUGCUUGGCUCACCCUGUGCCUUCCUCUGCCAGCGUCCCCUGCAAGACCCCAACACCUGCCCACUAGGACACUUCCCAGGCUCGUCUGUCCUCCAGCUCUUGUCACAGAACAUCUGCUGGGCCAGGCCCUGGGUGCUGUGAUGCAGCGCAAAUCCUCAUCAUCUCACGCUCCAGGGAACCAGAGGAAAACAGACCACCCUCCUUCCCACUGAAGACAGGACCUCUGGGAGGAGAAGAGGCCUGGGCACUGCUAGGUUCUGAGGCUCCCAAAAUGAUUUUUUGUUUAAAGGAUGAAAUAUAUCCACAAGGAUAAACGCUGUAAUAUAUUUAAAUGUAUAUGUCAAACAAUUUAACAAAAUUAGAGUGUAAUGAAGUUGUGCUAUCCAUAA